GGCUGAGUCAAAAGCCAAGAAGUCUCUUUAUUUACGCCUACCUCCCAGCCCCUGGCAAUCUGACUAAUAAACUGAGCUAACAAGAAAGACUAGAAAGAGCAGAGAGAACAUAGAAGCAGCUUGGAUCUAAAAAUCCGACAAACCAAGUGAUCAAGUCAAGCUCUGCUGAGCAUCUUGUUUGUUUACUGCAUCCAAAUGCUUGCAAACAGUUAAAUAUAUGCAGAAAAGUCAGCAUUGCUGUGAAGUAUGCUGUGAAUUUUAAUUGAGGAAAAACGACAACUGCUUGCAGGAUGGUCUGAUGUGCAUGCUGCCUGGAAGAUUUUUUCAAUUGAAUGCUUUGUACUUUGUCUUCUGAACAAGGAUUUUAACUUUCCUGAGCUGUGGUAUUACAAGAGCGUGCAGAAAAGUGAAACUCGGAAGAAAGUGUAUAUUUUUCACAGGGAAAAAAUACAUCGCAUUGAAACAGCUGCUUCAACUUGUGCAUUAUUGAGCGUUUCAGGGAGUAUUACUACUGUACAGAAUCUACUGGGCAAGAUGAAGCUCUGGAUUUUUAUUCUAUAUUCAGUUGUGGCAGCACCUGAUCCUUCCCAGUCACAGCCUUCUUUUUCUUCAAUUAGAGGAUCUUGUCAGAGUUUGUGUUCCUGUGAAGAAAAGGAUGAUACCAUGAUUAUAAAUUGUGAAGAAAGAGGCAUCAAGACGGUAUCAGAAAUAAAUGUCCCACCAUCACGGCCUUUCCACCUUAAUCUGUUAAACAAUGGCCUGACUAUGCUACAUGUGAAUGAUUUUGCUGGCCUUGUUAAUGCUAUAUCUCUACAUCUUGGUUUAAAUAAUAUUGCAGAUAUUGAGCCUGGGGCUUUCAAUGGUCUCAGCCUUCUUAAGCAACUUCAUAUCAAUCACAAUUCUUUAGAAACACUUAAAGAAGAUACAUUUAAUGGAUUGGAAAAUUUGGAGUUUCUUCAAGCAGACAACAAUUUCAUCACAGUGAUUGAUCCAAGUGCCUUUAGCAAGCUCAACAGGCUUAAAGUGCUUAUUUUGAAUGAUAAUGCCAUUGAGUAUCUUCCUCCGAACAUAUUUCGUUUUGUGCCAUUGACCCAUUUAGAUCUUCGUGGAAACCAGUUACAGACAUUGCCCUAUGUUGGCUUUUUGGAACACAUUGGUAGAAUAUUAGACCUUCAGUUGGAAGACAAUAAAUGGGCCUGUAACUGUGACUUGCUGCAGCUGAAGAUAUGGCUAGAAAAUAUGCCUCCUCAGUCAAUAAUAGGUGAUGUUGUAUGCAAUAGUCCUCCACUUAUCAAAGGUAGCAUCUUAAGCCGUUUGAAAAAGGAAUCACUUUGUCCCACUCAUCCUGUCAGUGAACUUGAAGAUCCAUCGGGGUCACUGCCCUUGGUUGUAACCACCUCUAUCAGCGAUAGUCACCUAUCAACUAAGAUGAUUCCUAUCCUGAAAGCCCCUACUAAAGAACCAAGCUUAGUGUUUCGUACUUCAAAGCCUGCUACUCAGUUUCCAGGAAUCAAUUGUCCUGUCCCCUGUCACUGCACCAGCCAUAUGCUCUCAGGGGUUCUCAUGCACUGCCAGGAGCGAAAUAUUGAAAGCUUAUCUGAUUUAGGACCCCCUCCUUCAAAUCCUAAAAAGCUUAUUCUAGCUGGAAACAUUAUUCAGUCAUUACUGCAAUCAGAUCUUGUGGACUAUGCCAGCUUGGAAAUGCUUCACCUGGGUAACAAUCGCAUUGAAAUCCUUGAGGAAGGAUCCUUUAUGAAUCUGACUAGACUUCAGAAAUUAUAUCUCAAUGGAAAUCAUCUUACAAAGCUAAGUCAGAAUCUAUUCCUUGGCCUUCAGCACCUUGAAUACUUGUACCUUGAAUAUAAUGCCAUUAAAGAAGUUUUGCCGGGGACAUUUAAUGCAAUGCCAAAACUUAAGGUCCUCUACUUAAAUAACAAUCUUCUGCAGACUUUGCCACCCCAUAUCUUUUCAGGUGUUCCACUCACCAGGUUAAAUCUGAAAACAAACCAAUUUUCUCAUUUGCCUGUAAGCAAUGUCUUGGAUCAAUUGGAUAUGCUGGUACAAAUUGAACUUGAAGAUAACCCCUGGGACUGUACCUGUGAUUCAGUUGGGUUGCAAAAAUGGAUACAAAAGUUGAGCAAGAAUACGAUGAUGGGUGACAUUUUUUGUAAAUCUCCAGGACACCUAGCAAAAAAAGAACUGAAAUCCCUGAACAGUGAAAUAUUGUGCCCAGGUUUAAUAAACAGCCCUGUCCUACCAACUCAUGCCAGUUUUGUAGUUGUCACAACUUCUACUACUACUACAAACACCGCAGACACCAUCCUACGGUCUCUUACAGAUGCUGUCCCACUUUCUGUUCUAAUAUUAGGACUUCUAAUUGUGUUUAUAACUAUUGUAUUUUGUGCAGCAGGAAUAGUAGUUCUUGUUCUUCAUCGGCGACGAAGGUGCAAAAAGAAACAAGAGGAAGAACAGAUGAGGGAUAGUAGCCCAGUUCACCUUCAGUACAGCAUGUAUGGGCAUAAGACAACACAUCACACAACGGAGCGCCCAGCUGCAACUCUCUAUGAGCAACGUAUGGUUACUCCCAUGGUUCAAGUCUACCGCAGCCCAUCCUUCAGCCCCAAGCAUACUCAGCAAGAGGAGGAUGGAAGUGAGAAGGAAGCUAAUGAUUCCAGACAUCUCCGACGAAGUCUUCUGGAAAGAGAGAACAGUUCACCUCUUACAGGUUCAAAUGUCAAAUAUAAGGCUACUGAUCAAUCUGCUGAUUUUCUGUCUUUUCAGGAUGCUAGUUGCUUGUAUAGAAACAUUCUUGAAAAAGAGAGAGAACUGCAACAACUAGGGAUCACGGAGUACCUAAGAAAAAAUAUUGUCCAGCUCCAGCCUGAUAUGGAAGUUCAUUACCCUGCAACACAUGAGGAACUGAAGCUAAUGGAGACUCUCAUGUACUCCAGGCCAAGAAAGGUUUUUCUAGAACAAACUAAAAAUGAGUACUUUGAACUCAAAGCUAAUUUACAUGCUGAACCUGAUUACCUGGAAGUCCUGGAGCAGCAAACAUGAAAGGAUAAUAUGUUGGGCUGAGGCUGAAUUUCUGUAAUUUUAUUUGAAGUUGGAACUGUUGUAAAUAGAAGUGCCUUAUAGUAACAUGUCAGCAGUCAGAACAAAAGCAUAGCAGUAAUCCUAGCAAAAAACCCUCAGGGAUCACUGUGGGAAGCCAUGGGGUUUUGUGCAGGCAAUACGUCUCACCCCAAGUUAAACAUGAACUUUGCAUGACUGAACUGUGGGAGGGAGAUUGCUUAUUGCAGUAUUCCUCAGCAUUUUAAAAAGGUGUGUAUAACACUCUUCAUUCUGUACACAACCCAUGGAAAAAUAUUUGUUACCUUUACUUUCUUAUUUUCCUCAGUUUAAUUAGAUUCCUUUUUAAAGAAAACACCUGUGUUUGUAUUUACAAGGUUAAAGUGUAUUGGUUAGGUUAAAUACAUGCACUGCAUUGAUGACCAUUGUCUACAACUUCAUCAAACGCACCCUUAUAAUAAAUAUAAAAGGAGUUGAAGUGUUGUCAUAAUGGCAGUUAAAAAAUCCAAACCACAAGAAGAAAAGAUUUUUGUGUAUGCGCUCAGAGCCCGCAAAUAUUUAAGUAUUUUGCACGAAUCUUCAUCAUGUGCAUUCUGUAUAUGUCAGGAAAAAUAUGUAACUAUUUUUACCCAACAUCUUCAAUGAAGGAGAAAACAAAUGCUUUAUUACUUUGCCUAUCUGAUAGCUUUACCUAAGUUUGGACUAUCUUUUCUUGAGCUGCUGCUAUGAAAUAUUGUGUGUCACUGGUGUUUCACCUCAUAAUCGUGGGCAAUUUUAAAAGCUACUGAGAAUCAGCUGUAAAUAUGUUGCUGUGUUUAAUAAGUUUUUUUUUUUACAUACAUAUAUAUAUAUAUAUAUAUAAACUACUUCUGUGCUGGCUUUAAAUAUUCUUGGAGGAUAUGAGUUUGCUGUGGCUAGGAACUUCCAAGUGCAAAUACAGGUCCUUUCGCACCCUACCCUAAAGCAACUCCCAGACAGAAUAGCAUCAAUACACACACAUGAGGAAGAAUAAUAGUAUUUAGCUGUUUGUACAAAAAUAUGUUAUAUUUUCUGAAAUUAGGAAAAAAAUAAAGUGUUGUGGGAAAAAUAGGAAAAAAAAUGUUGAACACUGUGGGUUUAUUUUUGCAAUGAUUCUAGCUAGAUUUAUAUUUACUAUUUAUUCUAUAUAAUUUUGUAUUUUUUUUCAACUCACAAGAAAAGAAAAAGCUUAUUCCUGGCUGCCUUUUAUGCAGAUCAAGGAGCUGCUCUCUGUCAAUGAAAAAGAAAUAAAGAGUUUUUAAAAUGUCUUUUUCUUAAAGGUCACUUUUUAAAGAAGGCAGCAACUUCUGCAUGCACAAGUUUAUAACUGUUUGGGAAUUAAACACAGUGCUUCUCACUCUUGUCACGUAGACAGAAGCAUCUUGUCCAGAGUGCAGUAAGGACAUUCAAUUUCUGUGCAUGAAUGACAUGGUGCCAAAACACAAAUUCUGACCUGCGUUUAUCUUCCUCUAAGAAAAUCUUUUGUAAACUGACUAUGCAUGAACCUUUUUUUCAAUUUGUAGAGUAAAAGAUCAUCUUAAUUACUACACGUCUACAUAUGUAUGCUAAACUUAGCACUGAAGUUUUUACAAAAUCAAAGUAAGAAGAUUUGUUCUUUAGUUCAUCUUAUUGUUGAUAUCUUAUCUGUAUAUACAAAUAUGAAUUCUUCAUAUUCUUUGUACAUAAGGUUCUGACAGAAAAUUUUCCUAUACUAUAUACAGGAGUCAGACUCAUUUCUUUCAAAUUUGUAUUUUUGGUGCUAUAUUAAUUUCUGUAAUUUGAGAACCUGAUCACAUGUUGUUUCUGUUAACAAACCAACUUCCUGAUUAAUAUUUUUGAGGUGUCAUCAAUUUUAUAUGGACGUUAACUUCUUGGCUUCCAAAAAUCUAAAUGUCAGUUAUUAGAGAACAAGAAUUAUUUCCUCUUUCCAUGAAUCAGAGUAACUUACUUAAGAAAACCUGUGUGUUUAGGAGAACUGGGAAAAGUAAAUCUGAUGACAAUAUAUUUGUUUCAUUGCUAUCUUUAUUGAGAAGAAUUAAAGAUAAUGUUGAGUAUUACUUCUGCAGGUAAGGGUGAGACAAAAGGGAAAAUGCAGCUACCUUAACUUAGGUAUCUAGUGUUAUCGUAGCUGUUCUUACAUAUUCAAGAACAUGCCAUAGAACCUAUUGAAAUCCAUAUCUUGAUCUGGAGGAACAACUGGAGCCCAGGAUGGCUUAGGGUAUCAAAAUAUCACUUUACAUCCAUAUGUAAACAAUUUAGUUUCACACAGAAGAAAGAAAUCUAAGUAAUUCUACAAUUUAAAAUAAUUAAGAUCCAGUGAAAAAUUUAAUUCAGUCAAUAGAAGUGACACUAGAAAGUUUAUCGGACUGAUAAUAUUGUCCUUUUUAGAAGUCUGAGAGAUGUCAGAUUAGUGUAGAAAAUAAUCCAAGAAAGCAAGAACAAAAAAUAUACCUAAUAUUUGAUAACAGAGUUAUGUGCUUCAGUGUCUUUCACUUCAGUAGUUAUUUCCUUUGUUUAAAAAAUGUGUGUGAAAAGUAAUACCUGGCAAUUGGCAAGAUGCAGGUUUCAUGCCCUCAGGCUUAUAUUUAAGAGAAAUAGCUUCAGACUAAAGACAAUUGCCACAUGUGCAGAUGUCACUUUGCUUAGCUGUUAACAGUUACUUGGCAGAAUGUUUAGGACAACUGUAUAGCAAAAGAUUUUUCUUCAUUGCAGUUUGAAAGCAUUAGAAAGAAGAGUGAUCUAAAUUCAUGUCAAAGCAACUCAGUUUUACAGCUGUAUCAGAGCAUCACUCAGUAGAAUUAAAGGGACCUCUAGCUUUUAUCAUUCUUUCAGCAGGAGGAUUUGCAUCAUUAAUUAUAUAAAGGCAACUUACUCUGUGGCAGUCUAUAAGACUGCAAGUGGUUCUGCCAUAUCCAGGAAUCAAUAGAAUGUGGCACAUCAUCCACUUAUCCGUCCAUACUGGACUACCAUUCAGUUAAAGUUUGUAUGAUGAGGAAAGAGGGGUCUGCCUAUUGUCUUAUCUCUUAAUAACAUUCUCAGACAGUGAUUUUCCAGCUAUGAGCAAACUUAAUACUGCCAUAACAAAAAGGGCAGUAUCCAAAUAUUUGGCUUUAUGUGAUUAUUCCUUAAUUGAAGAAUAUCGACACCUGCUGAUUAAAGUAAAAUCUUGGCAUAAGGAAGGUAUUACAUACAAAGAAAUAAGGAUAGAGUAUCUGUUUCUAGAAGCUCCUUGGGACAUUUUUGUUAUAACUAUUAGAAAUAUGCACUUAAUAUUGGUGUUUGCAGGAAAUUGGAGGGAUAUGCAGAAUUUUUUUUGCUAAAACCAUAUUCUCAUAUGUAGUUUGGGUUGGUUUGUUUGGGUUUUUUUCCAAUGACAGGCACAGUUAAGUGGUUUGAUGCAUUUCAGUUAGCUAGAAUAAUGAAGGUUGGAAGGCAAAAUAUGUUUGACAGUCUGCAACAAAGUGGAUCCAUUUUUCUCCUGUCAGCAUGAUAGUUUAAUUGAGUACAAGAAUAGUGGUUCGUCAUGCACACUGAUGUACACGGCAGCUAUGUUAUUGUUCUUAAUAUGUUGUCAGAUACCUUAAGGUAACUGACAUCAUUUUCCCCCUUACAUUUUAGUGAAGAACACAUAUUAAAUAAUACUAUAGACCUGAUAUAAACAGAUAUUAAAGCAAUUUAUUAUACUUUCUAUUUUGAAAUGUUUUUAUUUUUUCAGCUUCAUAGAUGUCAAAUAUAUUUCUCUUUCUUCUUCUUCCUGCUACAGGUAUUUUUCAUUCAGAAUUUAAUACCGAUACUCAAAUAUAUUACCUGCAGUGACGCCUCUCCAAGGUUCUGAACAGAAAAAAAACCCUACCCCUUACCCCAAACAGUCCUUCCAACAAAAUUUGUAAAUUUUCCAUAGAUCAGGAUAUUUCCCUAUUCAGAAAUGGUCCAGUAUUUUCACGCAUUCUCCUCCACUAGAAUGACAGAUCAACUUUUCUGUAACUAAAUGCUAGACUGAAAAUGAGUUCAUACUAUUUGUCAGUGAGGUGUCAAAGCCAUCAGACUUGAAUCCAAAAACUUUUCCACUGGCACUCAUUUUUUUCUGUGACUGGAAUCUGAGGAUCAAUUUUUUUCCCCUCUUUGCAUGACAAAGAAGUCCCCAGUAUCACAUCAAAUAGAGGAUGUAUAUAAGGUGUUGUUUACCUACCUACAAAGAGAUAAGUUUGAAAAGCUAAAUUUGAUACGUUUGAAAAGAAAAAUUUGAUAAAUUUGGAAAGCUAAGUUUGACUGGGAUGACAAAGCAUCUUAUUAAGAUUCAUUUCUGGUGUGUUAAAAAAGGUUAUUUACAAAAAAUAAAACAUUAUUUCACAGGAUAAAGUAAUAGCGGCAAGGGAGAAACGGAGACUGAAUCUCGAAGUCUGCAUCAGAAGGGAUUCUGGAUUAUCAUUUUUAGGAUAUUAUUAUCUACAGCAAUAUACUUUGUUAACCACACCAACACAAUCUACAAGUUUCAUAUAAAUGCACUGAAAUGAUCAUGAGGGAAAAAAAACAGUCAAGCACUUGUCUUAAUUCAAAAGAUCAGCUGAGAAACUUUCUUAAGACUGGCCCAUUUCUUUGUUCUGGUGCUCCUCAACACAGAUUACCUGCAUUCCCCUUAAUGCAUUUCCUGUUCAACAACAGACAGAUGUCUGGCAGUACAAUCUACUGUUGCAUUUGAAAACUUCUACUUUGAAAGGUUUUGCAGUGUUUGCAAUUGCCUUCAGCAGUCAGUUGUCCUGGGACUUGAUGUUUGGUGCAACUUGUUGGAACAGAGACAGGGAAGAUAGAUCUGUUACUGACCUUGUAUUAUAAGUCAGAAAAGACCUGUCUCUUUUUGACUUUCUAAAGUUUAUGAUAUUCUUUAUCUCAUUUGAUGAGUUGGUAUCAAAUCCUUUUGUUCCUUGAAAGAGAAGUGAACUGUAGCUGGAACCAAUAUAAGGAAGUUAAUCACCAUACUGAAAAGAUAUAGCAUGGCGUUUUCUUUCCUGCAUAUCUUCUAACAGUCAACUUUGGCUUUUUGACACAACAGAACAAAUUCUUAAGAGCCACAGACUAAUGGAAAGCAGCUAACGUCAAGGAAGAAAGUAAAAUACCAGAUGUUGCUCAUCUCUAUGAAAGCAAGAUGUGAUGAAGAACUUUUUUUUUAUUAUUAUUUAUUCAGCUUCACCAAGAUGGAGUGCAAGUACAUGUGCACAGCACAUUUCAUAAAACACUUACCAAAGUUUUGUGUUUUAAGCCAUUUACUUCAAAAUUAUUUACAGUAUGUUCCUCCUAUUACUACUAGAAGGACUACUUAUACUCCUACUAUUACUUUUAUUUCAUGCAAUUGAAUGGUGGAAUACAGAAAAGAAGAAACAACUUGGUUUCAUAUUUCAAGAGGAAAUGCUGCUAUUAACUGUAACUUCAGCUGUUUGCCUUUGUAUAUCAAUGCAUCCAUUUAUUUCGUCAUAAGAUACACUGUUUGAUAAGAAUUUUUUAAAUUCUUCCAAUUGUAAUUGAUUACCAAAUAAAUUGCAGAAAAGCAGAUAAUUAAUUGUUCUAACAGAAAGAAGUCUGAAACCUUUUAUAUGUGCAGAAAUCCUAUGGAACGUCAGCAUAAGUUUGCACUUUAAAUAAACUAUAAAAUUAAUUUUGUUAGCUCAUAAAAGUUAGUAUUAUUAUUAGUUUUAAAUUAAGAGACACAUCAGCAUUUUUGCUUUUUUUAAAAAACUUUUAUCCAACAUAACUCUUCUAUAAUGACACGUUUGGGUUAAUUACAUAUUAAAUGGUUCCAUACUAAGACAUAUUAAAGAAUAAUAAUACUGGCAAAUAUAAUCUGGUAGUCCUCCCAUGUUUCCCUACAGAAACUGUGUAGUAUGCUGUGAAAGAAAUACAUGUUUCCCGGGCAAGGAGAACAAAAAAGAAAGUUAAUUCCUUUGUAUCUCUGUCUCAUGUAUUUCUUGGGGAAUAGAAUGUUAUGGAAUCCCAUCCCUGUGGUAUGGUAUGUACACACAGUUCGUAUGAGAUGUAGUUAUCUCAUAUGUCAUAUGUUAUAGAGGUAAAGUUUUCGAGCAACAAUUAAAGAUUUAGACCGAUUCUUUUCAUGUGGCCUGAGGUGUUCAAUAUGUCACAGCAUUGUAUCAUCAUAUGGUUUCAGGGUGAAUGAAAAAAUUGGAAAAUAUAUCAUUUAGAUGCUACUGUUCAGAAAAGGUAAAUGGCUCCGUGAGAUAUCAAGAAAUGAACAUCAAGAUAUGAAGAUUUUAACUCCUUCAUGUAUUAUGUAAGUGUCUAUAAGUAAUAUUUCACUUCAGGAGAAAUGUUGGGGAGGUGGUGUUUCUGUCUACGGAUUACUCAGGCAGUCAGAUUUCCUGAAGUGAAAUGCUGGGUUGAGGGUAGCCCAUCUUCAUGCUGCCACACAUGAUAUUAUGAAGGCUGAAUGAUGUUCUGA